AUGAGCCUUCACCGUAUACCGGACGACCUGAAGUCGUUCCUGGCCUGGCGGUUGCUGCUGGUGACCGUGUUGGUCUGUGGAUUAGCGCGCCCCGCCCAUGGAUACUUCGAUCUGUUCCUCAACCACUCGGAGGUCAUCAAAUUGAUGGGCAUUGAAGCGGAUCUGUUUUACGUGCGAGAUGGUGCCGUUAAUGAUUAUGCGAUGAGCUUUGUCGUGCCAAUGAAACCGGGGAUCGAUUUUCUGCGGUUUUCCUGGCAAAGCCGAACAGCGUACCCGCUUCCUUACACGAUAUCGGUCCACUACGACGACAACGAGGGAUCGGUGCAGCACCCGGAGCUCGACAUUCCGACCAGCGGCAUCAUCCCGCGCACGGUCGAGUCCUUCACCGUGCACAUCGUUUGCUGGGGCAACGUCACCAAGGAGGUCCCGGUCGGGAUCCAUUUGCACGUCGAAGGGCCACCGAAGCAUAACGACACCAAGUUGAUUAUCAAGCGAAACCGAAUCUGUAUCAAAGGAAUGCAUCCGGCACGGAACCGUCUUCCAGCGGCGGAAAUCGCACCCCAGCAAGGACCGGCGCUCCUCGGAGCGGCCGCCUGUGCCCUGGGCCUGGUGCUGGUCGUGGGACUGAUCGCCAGCGCCAUGUACGUGCGAGCUCGGAAACAAAUCCGUCAGGACUCCUUGCACACCAGCUUCACCACGGCCGCGUACGGCAGCCAUCAGAAUGUCUUCAUUCGACUCGAUCCGCUCGGGCGGCCACCGAGUGCCAACAGUGGUUCGUACGCGACGAUAGCCAGCCUCAACAAAUACCCGAUCAGCGAGUCAAAAAAGUCAUGCUUUCGCAGCACUCCGUCCCCUUCGCCGUACGCCACCGCGCUCCUGCCCGUCGGCCAGAAUGGGACCGCGGUGGGGACCGAGGCGGUCUACGCUAAACCGGAAUCGGCCUGUCCGUCGCGGGUGUCCUACUACGCUUCGUCGCAACUAACUCAGGUCUACAGCCUAUCGACGCCGGCCCGCAGCAUCCACAGCAACAGCUCGAAUCCGAAGGACAAGCUGCGGCGCAUCGCCGUCUCGCCCGGCACCAUCCUCUGCCAGCAGCUCGUCCAGGAGGGAACGUACGGUCGCAUCUACAGUGGCAUCCUGCACCAUCCGUUGGGCGAAACGCGAGACGUCCUCAUCAAAACCGUCGUCGACGGUGCCUCGCUGAGCCAGGUGGCGUAUCUGCUGUCGGAGGGCUCCACCCUGUGCGGCAUCUCGCACCCCAACAUCCUGUUCCCCGUGGCUGCGGUUACGGAACUUUCGGGACCCCCAAAGGUGGCCUACCCGCUGGCGGCGAAGGGAAAUCUCAAACUAUACCUGCAGAGCUGCCGGGAGAUUGGAAUUCAAAAUUCGCAGCUCAGCACCCGACAGCUGGUGGAGUUCGGGCUGCAGGUGGCCCGUGGCAUCUCCCACCUUCACUCGCUCGGCGUGCUGCACAAGGACAUCGCCACCCGGAACUGUGUCCUGGACGUUGAGCUGAACGUUCGUGUUUGUGAUAACGCGCUGUCGCGUGACGUCUUUCCCAGCGAUUAUCACUGUCUGGGGGACAACGAGAACCGGCCCGUCAAGUGGAUGGCGCUGGAGACGCUCGAGAAGAAGUUCUUCACCGCGUCGAGCGACAUCUGGAGCCUCGGUGUGCUGCUCUGGGAGCUAGCGACCCUGGCCGCCAUGCCAUUCGAGGAGGUGGACUGUUUCGAGUUAUCGGCUUAUCUGCGGGAUGGGUAUCGGUUAGCGCAGCCAGUCAACUGUCCCGACGAGUUCUACACCGUAAUAUCCUGUUGCUGGCUGGCCGACUACAAGCAGCGGCCCUCGUUCCCGCAGCUAAUUGCCUAUUUGCACGAUUUUCAUGACGACCUCGGCAAGUACAUUUAG